UCUCUGCUCGUUCGGUUGCUCGGUUUGGGUGAAGAAAAAAUUAAAUUUAUUUUAAUUUUUUUGUUAAUUUGGUUCGUUAACAAAUGCAUAAUUUGCUUGCGGUACAGCAAUAUUAAAGUUAAAGAAUUUAUUUUCAAUUGCGGCUUCAUUGUUGGACAUUUUUCUAUUGUGUUUCAUUGUUUUCUUUCCAACUCGCGUCUCCCUGUGCGUGCGUGUGAGGCGGUGUAUUGUAACCAGUCAAUGGAUGUGUGUGUGCGUGCGUUUAUACUUUUUUUAUAAUUAAACGAAGGAGCAUUGUAAACUACAUGUGUUUUUGCUGCCAAAGGCAAACAGUGAAUUAAAGAAGUGUCUUGCUUGCAAGAAAAUGCAACAAAUUGCGUAUAUAUGUACAUAAGAUACCAGCGAAACAAGGACGAACUAAAGCAGCAAUAAAAUAACAGGAAAGAGCAUUAUCCAUCCAAAGUCUUAGCCAUAACGUGAACCGACACGUCCAAAGUCAAAGUCUUGCCAUUUUAUCGAAUAAACAAUCUCAACUGCCAGCCAAAAGAAAGAGCCUUGCUUGCAACAACAAAAAAGAGCUACAGUAAAAAGGCAAAACACAAACACCGAUAUAUAAGUUUAGCAAUUAAUUGGGGGCAGUAUGGAGCUGGGCUGUCAUGUUUGAACGCUUCCGUUUAGGCAACCUGAGCAGAAACUACCGAUUACGCUCCGGAGGCUCCACAGAACUGGCGCGCGACAAGAAACAACAACGACAACAAUGCGUCACCGUACUGUUCCUAGAUGACAUCACGCACACCUUUCGGAUUGAGAAACGUGCGAAAGGCUCUGAGCUCUUAGAUCAGGUCUUUCAAUAUCUCGAGCUAUCCGAAAGGGACUAUUUUGGUCUAUUGUUUCCACAGAAGCCUGGCGACGUUGUGAGAUGGGUUGACGCACAGAAGCAAUUCAAGAAGCAGUGCAGCAGCGUCUCGCUUGACAAUGAUGCCGUUCCAUUAUUAGAGUUUAGAGUUAAGUUCUUUGUCAGCGAUCCCAGUCGCUUGCAGGAGGAGUUCACACGCUACCAGUUCUAUCUGCAGAUUAAGCGCCACAUUCUGCUGGGUCAACUGCCGUGCUCCAGCAAUACCCAGUGCCUGCUUGCCAGCUAUACGGUGCAAUCUGAAUUGGGUGACUUUAAUGCCGUGGAGCAUCAACCAGGUUACUUGAGUAGCCUUCAACUGCUGGCGGAGCAAACGUCGGAGGCGGAGCGUAAAAUCUGUGAGCUGCACAAGCUGCAUCGUGGUCAGUUGCCAGCGGAUGCGGAGUACAAUUACCUGGAGCAUGGCAAGCGUUUGGAACUGUAUGGCAUUGAUCUGCACAAGGCGACAGAUUCCAAUGGCAAGGAUUUGCAGCUGGGCGUCUCUGCGGUGGGUUUGUUGGUGUUCCAGCAUGCACUGCGCGUUAAUACCUUCUCCUGGAGCAAAAUGGUCAAGGUGUCGUUCAAGCGCAAGGAUUUCUUUAUCCAAUUGCGUCGGGAGCCAAGCGAGAGCUAUGACACCUUGCUGGGAUUUGGUAUGAUCAGCCAUAAGCAUGCCAAGGCGUUGUGGAAAUCCUGCGUGGAACAUCACAGCUUCUUCCGGCUGAAGAGACCACAUCGCCUCUCACGAUUCCUCAACAUCAGCCUGGGCAGCAAGUUUUAUUAUUCGGGCCGCACGGAGCUGCAGGCGGUGCAGGAGUCCAAGCAACGUGGACGCAUUCACAAGGUCUUUGUACGCUCUCCCAGCAAGCGACUGCUUGCUGCUGGCUCAGGAGCAGGAGGCGGCGGAGGAGGCAGCUCCGUCGAUGGGACGCCACUUCAGCUGCACAAUGGCAACGGCAGCGGCUCCGACAGCACCGUCUCCCACAAUGGCAAGCCGUCCACCAUACUUACCAUCACGAAAACAAGCCGUCCACAUGACACGUCCAAGGUUACGUCCAAGCAGGCGGAUGCAAUGCCUCGCAAGGCCUGGGAGCAGCACAGCGACGAGUACGACAUACAGCUCGACGUUGGCUUCAUCGACCAAUGCACGCGACGCUUUGAGUCCGGCACGCCUUCUCCGAUGCCGCCCGCCUACAGCUCGGGUCAGCACAGUCCAAUGCUGCUGCCCACGACCAUAGCGGAUGCAGUGGGUCAACAGCAGCCAGAAAGUGGCAGCGAUUUGAUCACUAUGCGAUUGCUGGCCGACGAACAGGGUCGUUAUGGCUUCAAUGUCAAGGGUGGUGUUGAUCUCGGUCUGCCCGUACAGGUGUCCAAGGUGGUGCCACACACACCCGCCGAUCGCUGUUCGCCGCGUGUCUGCGAGGGCGACGAGGUGCUCAUGAUCAAUGGCCGCGAUGUGCACGGAUUGCGGCAUGAGCAAGUGGUGGCCAUGAUACGCGACUGUCGACACCAAUCGAGCGGCGAACUGUUGCUGACCGUGAGGCCAAAACGAUCAGCACCGUUGCUGCUGGAGGAGGAGCCACUGUAUCAAUAUGUGCCCGAGAGCGAUGAGAUUGGUUCGCACUCGAAUCUGCUGGAUGGCGAUGCUCUCUUCACCCAGAGCCUCUUGUUGCUCAGCGAUGGACUCGCCUCGGGCGCUCUGCUUGCCCAGUACGAGCUCAUGUACCGCAAGAAUCCCGAUCUGGCCAUCACAGAGGCACGCAAGCCAUCAAAUGCACCCAAGAAUCGUUACCGCGACAUUUCCCCCUAUGACUGUACGCGUGUGUCGCUGGUUAAUUCGCUGACUGGGGACUACAUCAAUGCCAACUAUGUGAACAUGGAGAUUCCAGGAGGCGUGGUGAACCGCUAUAUAGCCACCCAAGGUCCACUGGCCAGCACCACAACGGACUUUUGGCGCAUGGUGCAGCAGGAGAGCAGUCAUCUGCUGGUCAUGCUCACCACUGUGAUGGAAGCGGGACGACAGAAGUGUCAUCAGUAUUGGCCAGUUACUGGGGACGAACUGCAGCUGGGCGAUGGUUUCUCUGUGCGUUGUCUUAGCGAAAAGCCCGAUGAGACGGGCAGCUUUGUAUUCCGGGAAUUUGUGCUGCGGGAUAAGCACGAACAGCGGCACAUUCAUCACAUGCAGUAUCUUGCCUGGCCAGAUCACUGUGUACCCUCCGAUCCCAAUCUGUUCCUCGAGUUCACGGAGCGUGUGCGCGCCGCACGCAAUCGCACGUUGCUCCAAGAGAUUGAGGAGAGUCUGAAGCAGGUGCGACUACUCGACGCGGAUGCCGAUGAGAACGGCGGCCUGAUGAGUGAGCGCAAAUGCGCGGCCAGCAAUGGUGCAACACCCGAGGACGAAACUCCAGUCUCCACCAGCGUGCAUCAAUGCAUUAGUGCUGCUAAUCCUCCAGUGAUUGUGCAUUGCUCGGCGGGAAUUGGACGCACUGGUGUGCUCAUACUCAUGGACACUGCCCUGGCGCUGAUGGAGGCACGUGAACCGGUGUAUCCGCUGGAUAUUGUGCGCACUAUGCGUGAUCAACGUGCCUGCAUGGUUCAGAAUGUGAGUCAAUAUCGAUUCGUUUGCGAAUGUAUUUGUGCUGCCUACAUGAAAAUCUCGCGAAGCAGCGCUGCGAUCAAUGACGACGACGAUUAACUGGAUUUAUCCCUCCCCUCUAAGAGUUCUACUAGUGGACAAUCUAUAAUACACAUCUUCCUGUCUAUAAAUAUAUAUUUAUCCCGUCUUGCAUGACGCCUUUGAUUAUUCUUAAUCAAUCUAUCUUUAUCAAAUAUUAUACAAAAAUACUUAUGAAAUCAAUCUUAAUGUUAGUAAACCCCUUAGAGACAUAAAUACAUAAGUAUCUAUGCUUGCAAUCAUUAUGUAUAUCAUUACGAUUAUAAUUAUUAUUAUGUAUUAUCAUUAUUGUCUAUAUAAUAAUCAACUUAACUCUGUAUAUGUCUGUCGCAUAUGGGCAAUAAUCCACGCAAGUGCUGCUGAGAAACUAAGAAAUCAAUUCUAAAUUUUUAAACCAUACAACAAAGAGAACAAAACUACCUAAAUCAAGUAUACAAAAAAAGCUAAAGCUAAUCGAGUUUGCGAAUUGAAUAAAUGCAUUAUUUAUUAAUAUACCCCAAGUGGAAAUUACAGAGAAUAUAUUCAUAAACAAUAACGAAUAGAUUUAACAUAAAAAGAUAUAAAAAUACAAAAGUAAAAAAAUGAGAAAGUAAAAACUGUUAGUAUUUUAGCACCAAAUUCAAAUCGUAUAUGUACAUGUAUUUAUGCCGAAAACAGAACUAAAUAAAUAUAUUAAAAAUG